AAACAUAAAAUUUCUUGUUUAAUCUUCUUCAACUGCAAUUUUCAAUCAAGCACUGAUUCGAAGAAUGCAAUUAUCAUUGACACUCAUUGAUAAGACAAUUUCUUUUCAACUGUAUUGCGAAAGCAUGAUAGCCACCGAUGAUUAUUGUCGUAAUUCGAGUAUUGAUUACAGUACGGUUACGGUAGCUCUCUGGUGUACCAUGGAGAACGACAAAAAAUCAGCAUGGACGAUAGAAAAGGGCACAAUGACUAUGUUUAUAGCUGAGGUGGUAGGCACUGGGAUUCUUCUAUUCAUUGGUUGUAUGGGUUCUAUUGGGACGAUGGGGGCGACAUUACCGUCGCCAUUACAAUCGUCCAUGGCGUUUGGUAUGACUGUCAAUCUUCUAAUUAUGAUGUUGGGACAUAUAAGUGGUGCACAUUUAAAUCCCGCUGUCACGAUAGGAGCGGUUAUUCUAGGAAUUAAAACUAUCCCUACAGGAAUCCUUUACGCAAUUGCGCAAUUCAUUGGAGCAACUAUUGGAUAUGGACUAUUAAUGACGAUAACUCCAUCUGAAUUGUUCAAUGAUGGACGUUCAAACGAGACAAUUGGGCAUUGCGUAACAGUUGUGCAUCCUGGAAUCAGUAUCACGCAGGCUAUUUUAAUCGAAAUUCUUUGCACAUCCUUUAUACUUUGCGCAGCAUGCGCCACUUGGGACCCAAGAUGUGCCAAAACCACAGAUUCUACAGCGAUCAGAUUCGGUUUCUCCGUUGUUGGAGUUUCACUUGCAGCGAGUCCUUAUACCGGUUGUAGUAUGAAUCCUGCGCGUACUUUCGGUCCAGCUUUUUGGAACGGGAAUUGGACAAAUCAAUGGAUUUACUGGUUCGGGCCGUGUGCUGGAGCCUUUCUUGGAACAUAUAUUUAUGUAUAUCUUUUUGCGGAGAAGAAAAAGAACAGACAUGACGAUUGUGUCAGAUUUACGGAAUUAAAACCAAUUAAUGAUGACACAAAUUAUAAUGAAAAAAGACAUGAAAAAGAGGAAAAUCUCGAAGAAAAUUUAAAUACAGAAGCUGUUUAAUGAUCGUUAAGCACUGCGACGCCACAUGCCUAUAUAAGAGGAUCACCCGGCGUGGCUCAACGCAUUUGUAAAUCAGUUUCCAGAGCAGUCAGAAGUGGCGUUCAAAGUGUGCAGAAGUGUGAAAAUUUCUUCCUCCACUAUGUUUAUAGUUAAUUCAUCAUUUCUUGUAAGUUGUUUGUUUUAUAAUAUAUUUCAAAUUUUUAUUUAAUCAUGUUGAUUUGAAUGAUCUUACUAACCUAAUCUCCAAUAUUUUUUUUUUAUGUAUGUUAUUUAUAAGAUUUAUAAGAUUUAUUUAUAAGAUUUAUAUUCAUCAUUUUAUAUUUCUAAGAAUGACAUAUAUAUAUGCUUUAAUUACUUUAGUCUCACAGAAUCUUUAUGUCUAACUACGUAGUUAUUGCUUUCAAACCUAACCUCAAAAAAAACUGUAUGAUAUUUCAAUUCUAUACCAAAAAUAUUUUAACAUGACUAUUUUUUUUGUGUUAUACCAUAUAUUUUUUAGGCCAGCUUUUCAAUCGAAAAAAAAAAUUAUUAUUAAAUUAUUUGGACAAGUUU